AUGCGCCUGAACCACGGCACACCCGAAAGCAAUGAAAAGAAUCCAAAGCGUCACCUCUCCGGACCACCUGCUGAGCCACGAGCCUCCACUGAGACGGUUUCACUCACUCCCUCAAAGACCACCAAUCUCAACGAUGAUAUGGCAAACGUCAACAGAGCGACAUCUUCAUACUCUCCUUCUGUGGGAAGGACGACUCGCAGGAAGCUCGCCAUGCAAACUGAGAGCAUUCCCAGCAAACAGUUCGAAAACACACCGCCUUCCUUGCACGGUAGCGUGAAUCCAGCCGUCCGACCCAGUCUCGUGGUCAAACUCAAGAUCCGGAAGCCAUCUGGGACCAUGAACGUGGAAACGCGUAGGAAGCACAAAUCACCGAGCAGCGAUGCGAUAACCAAGGAUGACACUGCUAUGAAGGAAGGUGCGGUUAGUCAGGGAACCAGCUACGUCAGGACCCAUGAGCUGAGAAGGGAAACAAGAAGUACGACACUUGUGACCAGGCGACGGCAAGGCGAUUUAGCAGCAGACGGAGCGCACAACGAUACCCCGGAAUCUCCGCAACCAAGGAGAAACUCUGCAGCGCGCCUGCGACGAGGAGCCAUCGCCUACCCUGUCAAGCUCUCGGAAGCUCGUCUACGCACACCUACAUCAGAAUCCGGGGACGACAUGUUCUCUGACCCGCCUGUCACUCUCAGUAAACCCUGACCGUUGUUGCCAGACACCAAGAUACCAGUUUUGAAGCCUCCGACACCACUACAAGUAACCUCCGCUUCAACCUUUGCCCCUUAUCCUCCAAUGUCACCUCGUUCCGUGUCUCCUUUCACACGCGGAGCUCAAAUCGCACUCGAAAACCUCUUGUCAGACCACCAGUCUGAUCCUCUUGCCAGUUUGAUCGAUUUGGUGGAGGAACUGGACGAUACAAGGCCGAUCGUAAACGAUUGGGAGCAUGUUACUGUGAUGAAAGGGGGUAGUUGGAUCUAUCAAGUGAUGCGCGAUGUUUGGGAGGAGGCUGCAAGUGAAACAGAUGAUGAGGAUGACGAGAUGAAGGAUGAGGAUAUCGAUAUUGAAGAUAUCUUGGUGAAGGUUGCGAAAUGGGUUGAGAGAGAGAUGGAGAGGUUGCGUG